GGGGCGGGAAAAAUAAUAAGAUGCUGUGUCAUAUUCUGGCAUUAGCGGUAUUGGUGGCGUCAGUCUCCAGCCACGGCCGAGUGCUGGGGCCUCCCUCAAGGGCCUCCAUGUGGCGCAAGGGCUUCCCCACCAAACCCAACUAUGACGACCAUGGUCUCAACUGCGGUGGCUUUGGGCAGCAGUUUUCCGUCAAUAGUGGAAAGUGUGGCAUCUGCGGUGAUCCCUUUGAUGAACCUGAGCCAAGGCGUCACGAACUUGGAGGCGAAUAUGGCUCGGGCCAAAUCGUAGCCAGCUACUACUCCGGACAAGUCUUCACUGCAGAAGUAGAAAUUACCGUCCACCACAGAGGGUACUGGUAUUUCAAAAUUUGUCCAGACCCUUACUCCAAAGACCAGGCAUGCUUCGACAGAUUCCCUGUGAGAUUAGAAAAGGGCGGAUAUAAUUUCUUCCCUCCAACAGCAGGACUAUAUAAAGUUAACUAUCGUAUCCCUCAAGGACUGGUUUGCGAGCAUUGUGUUCUUCAAUGGAGAUACGUAGCUGGUAACAAUUGGGGCUACUGCGGCGAUGGAAGAGCAGGUCUGGGAUGCGGGAAUCAAGAAACCUUUGGCGCUUGUUCUGACAUAACCAUCAAAGCUCCAGCUUUCCCGAUUCCUGAAGGUGGACCGGCACCUAUCGAAACUAGUUAAGAUUAAAUUAUGAAAAUCGGAGACGUCUUUACCGUGUCAGUAUUUUUUGGAUUUUUUCAGGCAUGUUUUAACAGUAAAUCUAGUCAAAAUGUUCCACUUUUUCUAGUCCAGAAUCCUGAGCUAACUUUUCGAGAUAAA